AUGGCUAUCUCAUUGCAGAAGACUCGCGGUUUUCUCGGUUUGUUGGGCCCACCAAUCGAUGACAUCGCCCAGAGCGCUCUGGAGAGCCUACGCGCAACGAAUUCCUCACUGACACCCACCCAGACACCGUAUCACAUCACCGUUGCUUCGAAGGCUGAACUGCGCAAUGUGACCACCCCUCUAGAUCUAUCUGCCAUACAAGUCGACGGUCGACAAAUCCACUCCGCUGGCGUAGGAGGAAACCCACACAAUGGCGUAUUCUUCGUGGUGAUAAUAUGGGCUGCUGGUCAGCAAAUCCGGAAACAACUUGGGUUGCCCCCGAAGCAGUUCCACGUCACCUUAUCUGCGACAGACGACCAUGUCAUGGACAAGGGGAUUGAUUCACUACUAGCCAAUCAGAUGCCAGACAAUCCCUCCCUCAACUUCCUAGAUCACCUUUGCUUCACUCUCCACGCGCUCCAAGAAUUCCCCAAGCAACAACCAUUCUGCUUGCAGCUUAUCAAGAGGUGGCCGGACUCCCACCAAGGGUACCUCAGGCUUGCAGACGCCGCUAUACGUAUGGAGCAGUAUAAACUAGCUAUGCUCUCUUAUGCGUGUGCGUUUGAACGCGCGGAAGAAGGCAAGCUGCGCGAAUAUUGUAUAAAGAAACUGUCGGAAUGCUCCAAACACACAGAAUGGGGGCACGUCUUCCUUACGCAAGAAAUGGCCCAGAUUCCCGAUGGUGUCAUGUCUUCUCUGCUCAGGCCAUGGCCUGCGGACCUUCGCUCUCGUCUGAGCGAGGGGAACAUAUUUCCUACGCUCUGCUUGUUACCAAGAGAGAGUCUGUUUAUCCCAGGACACGACGCAAUACCCCUUCAUCCGGGCAGGAAGCUACCUCGCUUCUUUCGUUGGCUCGUUCCAUUCCAAAUCGCCGUUAUGUCCACGCCGAAGAACGAAGAAGACAUCUUUUCUCUGAGUUCUGUCUAUCUUGGUAUCCGACAUGUUCUGACUCUUACCAAGGAAACGCCCCUACAAAGCUCAUGGUUCGCUGAGGGGACUAUCAGAAACACUUUUCUUCCAAUCACCAAUGAACACCCGCCAUCCAUCGAGCAGAUGGACUUGGUCAUGCGUCUCGUUCAAGAUGAAUCAAAUCGGCCCCUCCUCAUCCAUUGUGGAGGUGGCAAAGGGCGAGCUGGAACUGUCGCGGCCUGCUACCUCGCAGCCUACGGCUUCAACCCUCCUAAUCCUACUCAGACACAACCAGAGAUGUCCGCCGAGGCUGCAGUCUCCUCCCUUCGUGCAAUUCGACCAGGUAGUAUCGAAACCGAUCGUCAGAAGAUCUUCGUCUCUAAGUGGUGUAGCACCAUCUGGAAACGUCAGUCUGUACUUCCUGACCUCCCAUCUGAACCUCCGCCAUGCGACCUCGAAGUAGAAGGCACCUUGGAUGAUACCAACGACCUCUUCGUCCUCGUCGGGCUUCCUGGUUCCGGGAAGUCGUGGUUCUCUCGUUGUCUCAUUGCCCGUAAUGCGAAGAGCUGGAUGCGCAUAUCACAGGACGACACGGGGAGUAGAGCAAGUUGUGAAACCGCCAUCGGUCAUGCAAAAUCUCGUGUAUUGCUGGACAGAUGCAAUCCAGACGCCGGUGACCGCAAAGCGUGGCUAGCGCUUGCGUCAAGCUGGGCCCGUUCCCCGGUGUGCGUUUGGUUUGACUAUGACCACGAGCUCUGUACGUCCCGUGCUCAAUCCCGACCAGAUCAUCCGACAUUGCCACCAGGCAGCAGAGUUCGAAAUGCAAUCGAACAGAUGCGCAAGAUGCUUGUACCUCCUUCGCUCAAAGAGGGGUUCAAAGCCAUUGCUAUCAUUCGCUCCUUCGCGGCGGCGGAUCAGCUGGUCCGUCGAUUAUCCCCACCCGUUGCCAUAAUCAAGUUCCCUCGUACACCCCAUCUAUUGAACCUCGGUGCCGCGACCGAUGACGAUGUUCAUAUCGAUGUGGCAACGCUUCCAGUGACCCAAGAUGCCCAUGUUGUCGUCACGGAGAAGAUAGAUGGUGCCAAUAUGGGAUUUUCUCUCUCCGAAGAUGGCUCCAACAUCGUUGUCCAGAAUCGCUCUCACUAUGUCAAUUCCUCAACCCACGAACAAUUCAAGAAAUUGGGGCUUUGGGUAGAAAGGCACGAAAGCGAUCUUCGCCAUAUUUUGCAGCGAGACGCUUGCUUUCCUGAGCGCUUUAUUCUGUUUGGUGAAUGGAUGUACGCGACACAUUCUAUCCCAUAUACCGAUCUUCCAGAUAGUUUUGUGGCCUUCGACCUCUACGACAGGAGCACGGGUUCGUUUACCGAUUCUAAAUCUCUCGUCGGCCUCCUGGCUGGAACAUCCUUAUCAUUGGUUCCUACAGUCCAUGAAGGGAGUAUGCCUUCACAAGCAGAGCUCCGGGAUAUGGUGCAGAGACCAUCAAUGUUCUAUGAUGGGCGUGUCGAGGGUGUAUAUGUAAAGGUAGAGAGGUUCGGAAGGGUAGUCCUUCGUGGCAAGGUGGUGCGCGGCGAUUUCAUAUCCGGAAACGAGCAUUGGACCAGAGGGAAUAUACGCGUCAAUGGCACCAGGUUACCCGACGAGCACACGAACUAG